CUGCCAUCCUGGAUGACCCCAUGGAGUGCAGCAGAGGGGAGAGGCUCUCCAUCACCCUGGCCAAGAACCGCAUCAACCGCGCGCCUGAGCGGGCGGGGAAAGCCAGAGUGGAGGUGGACAUCUUUGAGCUGCUGCGGGACAGCGAAUAUGAGACGGCGGAAACCAUGUGCCAGAUUCUCCCAAAAGGGGUGGUAGGCGUCCUGGGACCUUCCUCAAGCCCCGCCUCGAGCUCUAUUAUCAGCAAUAUCUGUGGGGAGAAAGAGGUUCCUCACUUCAAAGUGGCACCAGAGGAGUUCCUGAAGCUGCAGCUCCAGCGCUUCACCACCCUCAACCUCCACCCCAGCAACACCGACAUCAGCGUGGCCGUGGCAGGGAUCCUGAAAUUCUUCAACUGCACCACUGCCUGCCUCAUCUGUGCCAAAGCUGAAUGCCUUUUAAACCUAGAGAAGCUGCUCCGACAGUUCCUCAUUUCCAAGGACACGCUCUCAGUUCGGAUGCUGGAUGACAGCCGGGAUCCUACCCCUCUCCUGAAGGAGAUCCGAGACGACAAAACAGCCACCAUCAUUGUGCACGCCAACGCCUCCAUGUCUCAUACCAUUCUGCAGAAGGCAGCUGAACUGGGAAUGGCGUCUGCCUAUUACACGUAUAUCUUCACUAAUCUGGAGUUUUCCCUGCAGCGCCUGGACAGCCUGCUGGACGACCGAGUCAACAUCCUGGGAUUUUCCAUUUUCAACCAGUCUCACGCUUUCUUCCAAGAGUUUGUCCAGAGCCUCAACCAGUCCUGGCAGGAGAACUGCGAUCACGCUCCUUUUACUGGGCCAGCACUCUCCUCCGCGCUGCUGUUUGACGCCGUGUACGCUGUGGUGACGGCCGUGCAGGAGCUGAACCGGAGCCAGGAGAUCGGCGUGAAGCCCCUGUCCUGUGGGUCUGCCCAGAUCUGGCAGCACGGCACCAGCCUGAUGAACUACCUGAGAAUGGUAGAAUUGGAAGGUCUCACCGGCCACAUCGAAUUCAACAGCAAAGGCCAGCGGUCCAACUACGCCCUGAAAAUCCUGCAGCACACCCGCAGCGGCUUCCGGCAGAUCGGCCACUGGCACGUCUCUGAAGGGCUCAGCAUGGACAACAGGAUCUUCUCCUCCAACAUAUCAGACAGUCUGUUCAACACCACGCUCAUUGUCACCACCAUCCUGGAAAACCCUUACUUAAUGCUGAAGUGGAACCAUCAGGAGCUGGAGGGCAACGACCGCUACGAGGGCUUCUGCGUGGACAUGCUGAAGGAGCUGGCGGAGAUCCUGCGGUUCAACUAUAAGAUCCACCUUGUCGGCGAUGGUGUGUACGGAGUCCCCGAGGCCAACGGCACGUGGACAGGGAUGGUCGGGGAGCUGAUUGCUCGGGUGA